AUGAAAUAAGACAAUAGUUAAGAGAAGGAGGCAGAUAAGAAGUUUAAGAAAGGCAAAGAAGCGUAUGUCUCAUAAUUUAAAUUGUUUUAGUUUAACAACUGGUGUGUUUUAGUGGAAAAAGGAUUAUAAUUUGGGCGCGAUGUAAUUUGAGGAGGCUGCUAAGUUGUAUAAGGAAUGCAAGAAUUCUUAGAAGGAAAAAGAAGCACUGAAGUUAGCUAUUGAAUGCAAUGAGAAAUUAAAUGAUACUUGGGCAGUGGGUAGAAACUAUGAAGCCCUUCUUAAUUCUCUUAUUGAUAAUUCCAGCAAUGAUUACAAAGAACUUAUGGAAUGGUCAUAGAAGGCUGGAAUUUAUUUCAAGGUUUCAGAUUCAGGUAUGAAAUCAAUCUAAGUACUGAAUAAAGUGGCCAAGUAAAAUUGAUAGCUUUUCUUCAGGUAUUUAAUUAAAAGACAACAAUAUGAAAUGGCAGAGAAGGUAAUUUUGGAAGCCUUGGCUGAAGCAGAGGAUCAAUAGGCUCCAUCCACUAGAACUGACAUCAUAAGCUCUUAUGUGGAGAUUUUGAUUGAGACUCAACAAUACCACAAAGUGGCUGAUUUAUAUAUGAAGGAGAUUACGAAGUUCAGAGAAGAACAUAUGAAAUAUCCACUCAGCCAAUACGCUUUGAUUGUUAUUGUGAUGUACAUCUUGCAAGAUGAGAUCAUUAGAGCCAAUCAAGAAUUAGAGCAAUUAAUAAUUUAGUAUGAAUAGACCAUUAAUAAUAAAUAGAGUGUACAAUUUCCAUAAAUCCUCAGAGUUUCGAGUAGUUGAUUAGAUAUUGAAUUCCUAUGAGAAAGGAGAUUAGAAUUAAUUUAAUGAGGCAAUUACCAAAUCCUGCGUGACAUCUAUAUAUCCUCCAAAUGUAAUUAUAGAACUUAAUCAAUUAGAUUGUACGAGCCCUAAGAAAAGUUAAAGUCAGAGUGAUCAACAUUCAUCAAAAAUAAAAUAUUUAACAGCAAGAACUUGAUUAAGGACAUGAAGAAGUAGACUACGAAUAGGAAUUAGCAAAAAAGAUCCUUUGA